AUGGAUCCGAUUAGCUUAGAUAAAAAUAGGUCUGAACCUGACUUUGCAUCGUCAAGUAAUGUGUCUGGUUUGCCACAACAAACUUGCGAGCAAAGUCGUAAAAGGAAGUUAUCCAAUAGACUGGAUAACGUUGCUGCAGAACCAGAUGUAAAGCAUCAGGUGAUAGAAGCAGAUACCAGUUUCAACAAUACUACUAAGCCGUUGAGGCUAGCAUUAAAUGUUAACAUUUUAGAUCUCAGUGACGAAAUAUUGCUGCUGAUAUUUAAACACUUGGAUAGUAACAGCUUACUUCUACUAUCAAAAGUUUGUUCAAGAUUUCAACGGCUAGUGGCUGAUAAAACGCUAUGGGCAGAAGCAGAUUUUACAUCAGUAAAAUUAACUACAGCGGAUGUACGUCAACGUAUUAGCUACCUACAACCAACUACAACGAAGAUUUUAAAACUUCGUGGAAUGACAAGUGUAUAUCCUGCCGAAAUGUGGAAUGUACCAACGAUAACAGUUGGUAUUCUGCAGACGAUUGCAACACGGUACCCUUUAUUGGAGCGCAUCGAGUUAACAGAAGCCUACUUGGAUAUGAACAAAAUCAACAUUAUAAUGUUUCCCCAUACUUUACGUGCGCUGUUAUUUAGGAAGUGUGCAUUAUCAGUACAGAACAUUAAUAACCAAUUCGUAUUGCCCCACCAACAAAUGCGAUCAUUCCUAUCGAACAUGUAUAAAUACCUCGUUCGCCUGGAGGAACUUACAAUAGAAUAUUGUGCUUGGUUUGAUACGCAUGAUCUAAUGGUUCUCUCGAAGCUUCCUAACUUACGAUACCUCAGUUUGAAGGGAUGUGCUAAUAUAAAAGAUAGUGUCCCAUACGCUAGCUUAGCGACCCGUUUCGGAUUUAAAAAGCUGGAAAUUCUUGACUUACGCGACACGCCGAUAUCCGAUUCGGAUGUAAGCUGUUUCAACAUUGUGCACUCUUUGAAAGAAUUAAGGCUGGAAUGUCCCGAACAUUUGCGAACAGAACGAGGACUAAACGAAUAUAAUGAAGCCGAACGGCAGCGCGUAGAGCAAUUACACCGUUUGGCUAUGCCUGAUGUGCUCCCGAAUGAAGAGGCUGAUCGUCUCGAGGAUGAUAUUGCUGCUAACCAGCUCCAUAUCCAUAACGAAGCACCACCAGAAGGUGCCCAAUUGCCUCCGCCUAUUCCGCGGCCUAGACAUGGAGUAUUUGAGAUACGUAUAAUACACGGUGAUUAUCCAGGAUAUAUACGUGGAAAUCAAGAUAAUUUAAUACGUAUCGUCCGAGAACCACAGCAACCAAUUGCAAAUAUUCCUGGUGAAGCUGGCCGAGGAGCGCCGAUAGCAAAUGAGUACAUCAGACAAGAUAGACAAAAUAUUGUACGAAUUAUCAAUCGCGAUUUGCUACUACAGCGACGGGAAAAUGUCCUAUUAAAUCAUCCUCAUCGAUUAUUACGUCGACAUGAUGAUCAUGUGCAAAUAAAUGAUGCUUAUCAACGCAUUUUCGAUGCUGGCGGUAAUCAUGCACCGCGUCCUCGUCCUGAGCCAAGAUUCGACAGACCAAAUGAUGAAGCUUUAGAUGAAAAUCCAAUACAAGCUGAACAUCUUGGAGAACAACAAAAUGUGAACUUGCGAUUGCACGAUGAAGCCAAUAUUCCAGGACAUAAUGAACAUGAAGAACAACCACCACCACAACAACGCGUGCUACCGCAUGUGAUUAUUAUGCCAGGAAAUUUUCAGGAACUUAUUCACAGGCCAGGCAAUGGAAAUCAACAUCAAAUUUUUGUAAACCUAGGUAUAGGACAACCAGCACCAAAUUAUGUAUCAUUAAUAAGUGAUCGUGGUAUUUGUGCGUAUGGAGUGUCUCGUAAUGAACUAGCAGGAGCCCUUAUGGAUGAUAUAUUACGCCACAACCUUACUGGCUUAGAGCGUUUGUCUAUACGUAACUAUAAGCUUGUCACUGAUACAUCGCUUGAUCAUCUCGAAUCAGCAGCGCCGCAAUUGAAGUUAUUAGAUGUUACAGGAACAUCUGUGACUGCUCAAGGGAUACGCAACUUUAAGCUUUCCCGUCCUCGUUGUGUGGUCAUGUCUGACCAUGAUAAAGUGGGAAAUGACACAAAUCUUGGGGUUGUAAAUUCUAACGCUGUAAGCUUGGAUCAUCUUUAA